GAUCAUUACCACAAUCUGCUUAGUGUGCGCAUUGGUUCUCAAUGCCGCAAAAGAAAAACAAAGGAAGCCUUAAUCGGCAGGUCUCAGGUGAGGAUGAAGACCUUUCUGCCUUGGGAGUGCCGCUGGAUGCAGUUGUGAAGAUUUGGUGUGCGCACAGCAUACCAAACUUCUCCUUGCCCUGGCAGAGAAGACGGCAGGAGCGAUCAACAGGAUCCGGCUUUUGCAUAGAUACUGACCGGCGAGUGCUCAUCACCAAUGCACAUUGUGUGGAAUGGCACGCGCAGGUGAAAGCCCAACGUCGUGGCUCUGAUGUAAAGCAUUUGGCAAAGGUCCUUUCUAUUGGCUGGGAAUGCGAUGCUGCUGUGCUCACUGUGGAGAAUGAUGAGUUCUGGGAGGGCCUUCAGCAAGUGAAGCUGAGCCAAAAGUUGCCUCACCUUGAAGAGGAUGUUCUGUGUGUCGGCUUUCCGAUCGGUGGAGAUACCAUCAGUGUCACCAGUGGUGUCAUCUCCCGGAUCGAGGUCACAACCUACACACAGGCCUCUGCAGAAUUGUUGGGCAUCCAAAUCGAUGCUGCCAUUAAUAGUGGCAAUAGCGGUGGGCCUGCAUUCAACAGAAAUGGGGAAUGUGUUGGCAUUGCCUUUCAGAGCAUGAACGCUGAUGAAGCGGAGAACAUUGGCUACGUGAUUCCCAGCUUGGUAGUCACACAUUUUCUGAAGGAUUUGUUGAAGCAUGGGAAGUACACUGGCUUCCCCACAUUGGGUGUGGAAACCCAGACCAUGGAGAAUUCACAGCUGCGAGAGGCGUUUGGCAUGAGCCACAAGCAAAAAGGUGUCCUCAUCAACCGAGUAACACCAACUUCAGCAGCAGCAGAGGUGCUCAAGGCCAACGACAUUUUGCUGGCCUUUGAUGGUGAGCCGAUCGGAAAUGAUGGAACUGUCCGCUUUCGCAAACACGAGCGAGUGAUGUGCUCCUGGUUAGUGGCGCAGAAGUUCUUUGGCGAGACGGCAACCCUGACAGUACUUCGAGAAGGCAAAGAGCUGGAGCUGAAGAUCGAGAGCCUCUACCCAGAGGUCCCGCUUGUUCCUGUGCACCUCUUCAACAAGCCAGUUCCAGGCCCUUCCUACUUCAUUGUCGCUGGCUUGGUGUUCACAGUGCUCUCAGAGCCCUUGCUUGAGUCUGAGUUUGGUGCAGACUGGGAGCACAAGGCUCCAAUCGAGAUGGUCAAGUCUGCCAUACAGUCCCGUGCCGACUCUCGAGAUCAACAGCUGGUGGUGCUCACUCAGGUGCUGGCUCACGAGUUGACAAUGGGCUACGAUCACUUGGAAAACAUGCAGCUCCUUGCUGUGGGCGAUGUGCCGGUGCUAAAUUUGCGCCAUGCCAUGGAGCUCACGGAAGCCUGUGAGGGGCCAUACUUGCGCUUCAACCUGCAGCAGAACCAGGUCCUGAUUCUUCGCGCUGCAGAAGCUAGGAAUGCCACAGCCGAGGUGCUGGAGAAGCACGGUAUUCCACAAGAGAAGAGCCCCGAUUUGGUGGGCGAAAGCUCGAAGCAAGUGAAGUGAGAGCAAGUCUCUUAGUCCUCUUGACUGAAGACUGUACACGUCAAUCUAAAGCGGUACAACGAAGAGUGAUCGUAACUUCGCCUUCAAAGGGGAGGCCAGAGUGGCUAGUCGGCUGCGAACCAUUCAACGCGUCCAAUGUGACCUGUAUGAACUAGAGGAGGACAGCUGCAACUCAGAGGCAACUCAGAGGAUGACAAAGUCCAUGAAAAAAAAUCUUGGCCAUCCUUGGUCUGUGUUCCCGAGCUCUUGAUCCUGGAAGUUAGACCGGAGUGACACAGUUGUCUUGAUGAAAUGCUGAAUGCAAAGCACUUGCUGCUAUGAUCUGAUAAUGUUGUUUGUCUCCGGGGGAAAGCACCUGA